AUGUUUCCUUUAUAUAUUGCCGAAUUAAAAUUUAGACAUGUGAAGACGUUUCCUACAUAUAAAAGCAAGUUAGAAGAAAUUGAACGUUUUUCUAGCAUAUCAUAUUAUACUACAGAUCCUAUUGCUACAAGCUGCAAGAGUAAUGGUGAAGCAUAUGUAAUUCCAAUUCUAUUCACGGACUUGUGCAUAAAACUUAAUAAAUAUUUUCAUUAUUAUACUAAUCUUAAAGCAAUUGAUAGUAAACACUACGAGUACAUUAACUACUGGCUGAAUAAGAAAAAAAAAGUAGCGAAUGGAAAUGUAUUAUAUGAAAAAAUAUUAAGUGGUGACAAGUCCCUGAAUAUAUUAUAUAACUCCGUUAGUCCAUUAAAUGAUGAAUAUCAAAGUAAAUUUCAUCAUCUUUCUGAUGAGGUAGUUAGAAAGAUUGAUAUACUAAAUGAAUUGAAUGAACAAUACCUUUUUUUUAUAACAAAAAAGAAAAUUGGUGAAACUUUUCACACUGAUUUGUGUGAUUAUCUUAGAAAAUUUGCUAAUAAAUAUAAUGAAGAAGUUCGAAAAUGUUUUAAUAAUUUUGAUAAUAAAUACUGCAAGGAGUUAAUAGAAUUUAAAAUUAGAUAUAACAAAUAUGCUAAUUAUAUAAAAACAUGUGAUAACAUAAAUCCCUUAACUUCGAUACCAGGAGCACAAGACUAUGAAUUAGCUGCAUUGAAAAAAUAUUCACUUAUUGAAGAUGAUUCAUCUAAUUCCGUAGUCAAUAUUUUAAUUAACGUCGCUAAGGUUUUGGGAGGAGUUGCUGUGUUAUUUCUUAUAGUUAAGUAUGCCCCCUUAAAAUCAUUGCGAGGAAGUCGAAAGAGAAAGAAGAAAAAGGAUUAUGAUCAUAUUAGUAAAGAUAAAUCAUAUCAAGGUCGUUCACGAGGGGAGGAAUCAUACGGGGGUGGUUCAUACGGGGGUGGUUCAUACGGGCAUGGAUCGUACGGGAUCGAAUCAUACAUGGAUGACUCAUAUGGCAAUGGCUCGUACGGUGAUAAUUCAUACGGUUAUGCAUCACACGGAUAUGAAUCAUACGGAUAUAAAUCAUACGGGGAUGGGAUAAACAGAGAUGGGUCAUACCGAAAUAGAUCGUACCAAGAUAGAUCGUACCAAGAUAGAUCGUACCAAGAUAGAUCGAACCAAAAUGAUUCAUAUUAUUAUGAAGAAGAAGAUCCAAGAGAAUAUAAUAGGCGAUAUAACAUUCAGUACCGUUCAGCAGGAGAGUAUGAUUAUUGA